CGUCAUUCCUCCCCUGCCUCCGCCUCCUCCCUUUUAUCUCUCUGCCCACCUCCCGACGUUUCGCCCCCCAUUUCGAAGCCCACCGAAUUCCUCGCGAUUCCUCUCCCCUCGCCUCCUCGUCCUCCCCCUCCUAGGGGAUCGCCGGAGAGGAAUCGCGACGAGGGCUUCCUCCUAUCAGUUAAAUCAAAGCCAUGGAGCACAAGGAGACCGGCUGCCAGUCUCGGGAGGGCCCCAUCCUUUGCGUCAAUAAUUGUGGCUUCUUCGGCAGCGCGGCGACCAUGAACAUGUGCUCCAAGUGCCACAAGGAGAUGGCGAUGAAGCAGGAGCAGGCAAAGCUGGCCGCCUCCUCUUUCGACAGCAUCGUCAACGGUGGCGAUGCCGCGAAAGAACAUCUUGCUGCUGGCAGCACGGCGGUGGCAGUUGCUCACGUUGAGGCGAAGACGCUUAUUACCGCACAGCCUGCUGAUAUCGCUGGUCCAAGCGAGGGGGCGAUGGAGAACCCCAAAGGCCCAAGCCGGUGCAGCACCUGCAGAAAGAGGGUCGGGCUGACCGGAUUCAACUGCCGGUGUGGGAACCUGUACUGCGCAACGCACCGUUACUCGGACAAGCACGAGUGCAAGUUUGACUACCGCGCCGCGGCCAUGGACGCCAUCGCCAAGGCCAACCCAGUGGUGAAGGCGGAGAAGCUUGACAAGAUCUAGGAAGGGUCCCCCCUACGGUCGGCAGAACAUAAGGUCCCAAAUCAAAUCUGCGCUACCUCGUCAUCGUGCGUCUUGCUGCAUUAUCCUUUCAUCAUGUUGGCUUCUGCAAUCUUAGUUGUUGGGCAAUCGUGAUGCAUGGCACACGCGCCUCGGCGGCAGCCCCAGGUCCGAACGGUCUCCUUGUUGGCUAUGUUGUGUAAGCUUUAUUUAUGGUCGUCUCUCUGCGCGGCGGAACGGGAACGGUAUUGUGGCUUUCGCAUUUUGGCUAGCACUCUGUAAUGUACUGCUGUUUCCUCCCGGUGUCUGUCUGUCUGUCUUACAGUCGCAACCGGUAAUGGUAUCGAGUAAGCGUCGUCGUCUGUUAUUAUGGUA